AUGGAUUUUCAUUAUCUUGAUGAAUAUGUCAUGUUAAUUCUUGAUAAUGCUGGGCAAACAGCUGAAGAGAUCAUACCUCUUAUUUCUAAUAUCGGUCCAUAUGAUUUUAUUCAUGUUUUGAGACAAUUCAUUGACAAAAGCAUUAUUCAUCUCUCCAUUGCAAUUGUUAAAUUUAAAACCUCAGAGAUAGCAGAUAAAGCCAUCAAAUAUGGCGCAACACUUCCUUCAAUCACUAUUAUGAAAGCAGAUCCCUUUUAUUUAUACCCAAACAUGUCUCUAAUUGUAGGCUUGAAGCCAGUUGAUGAUAUGGAUUAUUAUAGAAAGAUGUUCUUACCUCUUGGCGUUCAAUCAUUAAGAGUUUUAGAUAAAAACCUAGAAACCGAUCCAUUUAUUCUUAUCGCAGGCUUCCUUGAUCAUUCACAGAAAGCUUUCUUCAAGAAAUCAAUCAGCGGACUCAUUGUUGAUGGCAAACAAGUAAAUUUGAUUCCUCUGCGCCGAACAAUCAUCGCAAACUGUACGCCGCAGUUCCUCAAUGUUCACAAUGUCCUAUCGAUGGAAGCUUACCAAGAUUUUACCAUUUUCCACUUCGAUAAAAAAUAUAAAGUUUGGAGUGGAGCUCUUUACUCACUUUCUACAGUUGGAAUGGAGCUUAUGAAGUCAAAGCCUAGUAUAAAAGAGAUGGCAGCUCCUAAAAUCAGAGGUCCUUUCCAAGUUAUCGUAAAUUACCUCCAAGGAAAGUCAAUCGACAUCAUGGGCAUUAACGCUGUCUUCAUCUUGACAAUGGGCGACGCUUUAGGCAUGAAACAGCUCGUUUCGGCAGUAAGUAAUUUCAUUCAUAUGGCAAAAGACCCUUAUACCUUAAUUUCCUUGAUCCUUGGCUUCAGCCACCUUGGUCGUGUUCCAGAGCGUCUCAUAGAUUCCGUUGCAGCCAAGUUUGAAGUGGUUAAGGACUUUCCAACUUUCAAUUAUCUGAAUUCCAACAUUUUAUCACACGUUAUGUCAUCACCACGAUUUUUGCCAGCCAACGAAACGUCAGUUUUCCGCUGGCUACUUAAUUUCAUUUCAACUUCCCCUCAAAAAUUUACGAGAUUAAUCAAAAACAUCAGAAUUGAGCGUUUAGAUACGAACAGUUUACUCGAAUUUCUCCAAUUACCAGCAUCGCUUGUCGAUUUAAACGAUUUCAGGCUUUCAUUUGCCAGAAUUGGCCUGAAAUCGAAAUUCCCAGGCCAAGCGAAGCUUCCUAUUGGAGAGCCCACGUAUACUGUUGAUAAGUCUCUCGUAUUUAAGCGCCUUCUCAUUCCUUCGACGUAUUAUCACAUUGAUGGCGGAGAUGACUUCGCCGGAAUCUGCAACUACUACAGAACUGAGCAGCCAGUAACACCGCGUGGCGAUCCAUCAAUUACAGUUACUGCUUCCAGCGUUUAUCAUGGAGAUCCAAGUAUAAUUAUUCAGAACAAGCCAAAUGAAUGGUUCGGAACAAACGAAGCUUCUCCAUCCUGGGUCAUGCUCAGACUCAACUGGGACAGAGCAGUAAUCACUGGCUAUUCCGUGAAAACUCACUCAGAAAGUGGAAGAGGACACAUAAAUAAUUGGUCGGUCAGCGGCUCAAAUAACGGUGAAACGUGGACAUUGAUCGAUAAACAGGUUUCCAACGAUUGUUUGAAUGGUCCUGGCAAAUCUGCUUACUUCCACCUUCAGCAGCCAACGCAGCCAUUCAAAUACAUUAAGUUUAACCAGGAUAGAGCUAAUCCUCUUGGUUACUUCGCUCUCUCUAUUUCAAGAUUCGAAAUUUUUGGUUCUCUUCAAUGA